CGCGCCUUUAUCAUUGUCAAACUGUGCUGGGCAGAAGCAUGGUAGCCUGCUGCCCUGCGGUCAGAAAGGAGAAGAAGUGGAAUGCAACUAAAUCCCGUCAAAACAACGUCUCUUGUUCGCUCUCGUCGGUGAUGGGGAGUCAAAGGGCCUGAGGAACCCCCCCCCCCCAAAAAAAAACAUCUUAUUUGUCUGCUCAAGUUGAUCAAUCAUGUCUGGAAAACUGGACGAGUUUCUGCGAGUCCUGGACUUAAGUUUAUAGGAGAUGUGCAAAUAUAUGAUUGAAGGGGUUAGCCAACCCAUAACCUACCGAGUAUCUGGCUGUUACAGCCUCUUAUCAGAUGACCUUUGAGGCAGGGAGCAGCGUGACGCUGCUGUUUUACUUCUGGGAUGUGCAAGGACCCGCAGGGAUGGUGCUGUCGGUGUUCGUGGUCCUCCUGUUGACCGUGUUCUACGAGCUGCUGAAGGUGUGGAGGGUCUGGCUGGGGAAGCGCCCCUCUCCCUUCCACUCCUCAGACUGCCGGGGAAGCAGCACUGCAUUAGCCAGUAGCCUGUCGGUGUCCUCUCUGGCCCCCAUGGAACAGACUGCCCCCACUCUCUCCCCCACAAACAGAUGGCUUCUCCGUGGGAUCCAGACAGCCCUGCACAUCCUGCAGGUAACCCUUGGCUACAUGCUGAUGUUGUGCGUCAUGUCCUACAACACCUGGAUCUUCCUGGGGGUCAUCUUGGGCUCCGUCCUGGGAUACUUCAUAGGGUUCCCGCUACUGGGUCAAAUCUGAUCAAACAGUGGAAUCAACAGAACGAGAAUAAUCCUUUUCCUGGACUAUAGAUCUAUAGGCACUAGUUAUCCUGUUGGACAAAGAUGUGCUCUGACAAACGUUUCACAGCACCUCAUGGUGUUUUUCAUACCGACCCUGUUGCACACUCCAUGUGCGAUAGAUCUCCCUGUGACUGUCACUUCUCAAGUUACCUGAAGUGAAAGGCGGUUCUCCCCCCUACUUAUCUUAAAAGCAGAGGUGUGCGAAGUAAAAAGCAAGAUGGAGGCUUCCAAUAGUGCGACAAAGAGUACAGCAUGGUAGGGGAGUGAUCGAGCACACCCAUGGUACAUUUAAGACAAGUCUCAGGAAGUGAAUGCUUAUUUUUGUGUGUGUUACCCUGUAUGACCUACUGUACCAUGCAUAUCCACUGACAUGUUUGAGAAGAGCUUGAGUUCAACCUGUGGCCUCAUUCUAGCAUCUAACUCCAAGGUCAGGCUUUUUUGGCUGAGGGAACUGAGAUUAUUGCAUUUCGUCAGCACUAGUCACAAGACAUUUUCUGGAAUUUCCACUUUGACAGCACAGAAGCAUGUGAUUGAGUGUUGUAACUCUGUCAGGCUCAUUGGCUAAGUGUUUAAAUUGCUUUUAGGUACAUAGAGAACUGAAAAUGUGGCUCUCGUUAAUCAUUUGUGAGAGAGACAGUAUACCCCAACCUUUUAGUGCCUUUUGAUAUCCUAAAUAGAUUUCAGAGGCAUAUUUCCGGUUGAAUUAUACAGUAACCUAAUCAUGGAUGAACGCAAAGCUUUUCUUCCAAUCCUAUUGAUCUACAGUAAACUGAAUGUAGAUCAUGGCCUGCUUUUAAUCCGAGCUUUUCAAUGGACUUUAUAUGAACAUUACAUUUACAUUUAAGUCAUUUAGCAGACGCUCUUACCCAGAGCGACUUACAAAUUGGUAAGUCAUGAACAUGUGCUUACUACUGUUGUAUUUUACUGAUAGUAAUAAAACAAAUACCACUAAC